GUUCCAAUUCCAGCAAAUCAUCAUCAUCAGCUUCUAUCUGCUCGGACCCCCCUUUAUGAGGAUGGCGCAGCCUUGGCUUUUUCCCAAGGCAUCAAACGCAAGACCCUCAUGAAUAUCGACGUGAAGGUGAUGAACCUCUCCCAGCUGUGGCGGUCCCCCCUAUUGUCAGACACCCGAUCCUGGCGAUCCGCAGGGGGGGGGCGUUGCCACAUUUCUCCCGAACCACCAUGCAAACUCCAGUAACCAAAUACUCCACUCAUCGUCACUCCCAGCAGUCGAUCCCUUCCCUCCUUUUCACCUCCAAACCCGCAAGCGAUGACGCUGACCCGUGGGGCCCGGCGGGUUCGCAUUUCAAACUACCGCCCAACCUGCCCCUCGUUGGUCGCUGGCCCGCGUGGUCGAUGAUCUAUUCCCAGGCCCCCUCGGCGGUUACUAGGAUGAGCCUAUCAUCCUCGCGCUUCGCAUGCAUGCACCGAAUCAGAGAGGGGUGCAUGUCUCUGCCGGGUCCAAUAUGGAUCUUCCAAAGCGAAAGAGAGCUAUGGGGACAUGUAUGCGCCUCGCCAUUAUUGAUUGCUGCUCGUCGUCGAUUCGUUUUUAUUUUACUUCUUCCUCGCCUUUUUCUCCCUGUCGAUUCAACUCUCCAUGGCAUCUUGCCUUUCUCAUCCAUUCACUCUUCUUUCCUGACAUUCCUUUUGUGCAACAAUUUCAAUCUCGCUCUUUUUUUUCUUUCUCUGCUAUCGCGUAUCUUUCGUUCCUUAUCGAUAUCGACACAGCUCUGGACGUGGCAACCAUGUUCACCUCCUCGCGGCGAUGGAUCUUCAUCGUCUCGCCAUUCAUUACUCUCACUCUGGUCUAUUAUUUCUUUCUCUCACCACAUUCCGAUCCGAUCACUUUAAAUUUCCACGGACAAUGGUCACCAUCCGAACAAGAACCCAUGAUCCUCGAGGGGACACGCCCUCUUUCCCAAUCCGAGAAGCAGAACCAGCAACAAAUCUCGGAUGAUUUCUUCGAGGAGGACCGAUGUGGGAAAUUGCGCAAGGACAUGGAUGACGUCUUUGUCGUCUUGAAGACCGGUGCCACCGAAGCCCGCGAGAAGGUCCCCGUACAAUUGCGCACCACUCUCCAAUGUGUCCCGCAUUACGCCGUUUUCUCCGAUUAUGAGGAGACCAUCAGCGGCGUACGCGUCUACGACGUUUUGCAAAAUGUCACCGAAUCUACCAUGAAUGAGGCACCCGAAUUCGAAAUCUAUCACCGCCUGCAGGAAGUCGGCCCCGAGGGCCUGACGGAUGAAGAGAUGGGCGAUGACUCGAAUGGUCCCUUCGGCAAGACCAACAACCCGGGCUGGAAACUCGAUAAAUGGAAGUUCCUGCCCAUGAUUGCCGGAGCCCUGGAAGUGCAGCCCAACGCCAAAUGGUACAUUUUCAUGGAAGCCGACACCUACAUGGUAUGGCCGAACCUGGUAAACUGGCUCGCCCACCUGGACCACCACCAAAACUACUACCUCGGCAGUCCAAUGCAAAUCGGCGACGUUCUCUUCGGAUACGGCGGGGCAGGCAUUAUCCUCUCCAGUCGAACGAUGUAUCAUCUGCACAACUACCGCGCCAAGCACCAGCAGGAACUGGAGCAUAUGACCAGUCUAGAAUGGGCCGGAGACUGCGCAUUAGCGCAAGCCCUGAAAGAUGUCCACGUCGAACUGACCUGGGCCUGGCCCAUGAUGAUGACCUCCCGACCACAAGAGAUCGAUCACUUCUCAGAAGCCUACGGCCGCCAACCAUGGUGUUAUCCCGCCGUGUCAUACCACCACAUGAGCCCGCGCGAUAUCGAGGAAAUGUGGCGGUUUGACCGGGGAUGGUUCAAGAGCGGUAAGAACGCCCUCUUGCUGCACGGCGAUGUUUAUCGCGAGCUCGUUCAUAAUAAUUCUCUCGCGGAACGGCCUGAUUGGGAUAACCUGUCACCGGCCAUUAUCGAUUUUGAUCCCCCGACUGAACCGUCGACGGACGCGUGUGCCGAUGCCUGCUCGCAGAAUACAGACUGUUUGCAAUUCUCGUAUAAUCAUGAGAUGCAGUCGUGUAAACAUGCCUCGACGACUUUUGGUGGCGUUGCCACUAAUGGUACCGACUCGGGCUGGAUAACGCAUCGUGUUCAGCGACUAUUGAAUAACUUUCAAUCUUCGUGUCCGGAGGUACAAUACAUUUUGGAAUGAUACCAUCCACGGCUGCGCUCCUUCCCUCUGUGACGAUGCCUUCCACCUCACAACCCUGGUUGGUGGCACUCUCUUUCUUUCCUACUUUCCUACACGCUUGUACAUAUCCCACCCUCGCACGCACUUUUGCUUUCACUUUUUUUUUAUUCCCGGCGCUCAUAUCAUUGGCGAGGCGUUGAGUCAUAUUGGGGCGUCUUUUUUUUUACAUUCUCAUUGUGAUACGUGGUCUGCUGGACGGACAAGAUCAUUUCGACUAUGCACUCGCUUGCAUUCAUUUACGGGUACUUGACUACUGCUUUGGGGCUACCUGGGUCUAAUAGCAGGCCGAUCAAUAAACUGGAUUUCAAGAAGAUUAGACAUGACGUGGCGAUGCAAAAUAUAAAUAAUAAUCAUCGGUAGCACACUGUGACUCGGAAGCUAUCGCCAUGAAAUGGCGGAAAUCUCUAGGUGAUGGUUGGGCAUCGUUUCUUCAAAAUAUCUUCUCUGUGUUUGCCUUGGACAUCACCUUGAAUGGAUCUCGCAACGAUUAUCGUACCACAGCACUCCUAAUGUACCACAG